AUGCCUAAAGAUCAGAAGAACAUACCCCCAGAAGUCCAGAAUGACAGUGAUAACAAUGAGGCCCCCAGCUUAACCAAUAUCACCAAUGAGAUUGUUGCUAUUUCCGAAGCUAUGAGGGAAUUAUCUCUUUUAUCUAAUCCUGACAUAUCCAACUGUGAACGUGAUGCUGUUGAUUCUUCUAUGCCCAGCACGUCAUCAUUUACUCGAAUCACCCAGUUAGCUUCCGGAAAUAUCAUCGCUGUGUCAUUUGGCAGACUGGCUAAUGGUUUCCAUAAUCCGAAAAUAAAUGAUACACCACAGUCUGCACAGACUAUAGAAAAUCUCAGCAAUGUGUCUGCAGAUAUGAUCGAGAGUAAAGUCGCUUCACUAGUGAAAUUAAUGCUGCUGAAAUAUCAAAUGAAAGAACCAAUAACCAAGGAAGAGAUGAUCCAGAGAGUCAUCAAAAACUAUGAACAUCACUUCAAUGAGAUAUUCCUCAAAGCCCAUAAGAGGAUGGAAAUGAUAUUUGGCCUUGAUGUGAAAGAAGUCGAUCAAACCAACCACUGCUAUAUCUUCAUUAUUAGUCUGGGUCUCACAUUUGAUGGGAUGAGUUGUGGUAAAGAAGGAAUCCCUAAGACUGGCAUUCUUAUCCUAAUACUAGGUAUCAUCUUCAUGAAGGACAACUCUGCCACCGAACAAGACAUAUGGGACAUUCUGAAUCAAAUUGGAAUAUAUGCUAAUGAGCAUCAUUUUGUGUUUGGAGACACCAAGGAGCUUAUAACCAAUCACUUUGUGAGAGAGAACUACCUGGUAUAUCGGCAGAUGGCCAAUGAACCUAAUUGUUUUGAGUUUCUGUGGGGCAAAAGAGCUCAUGCCGAAACAUCUAAGAUGAAAGUUCUUGAGUUCAUGGCCAUGGUUAAUGAAGCCAUCCCAAGUGACUUUGGGUAUAAAUACGAGGAAGCAUUGGAGGAUGAAAUCAAGAGGGGCAUAGCCAAGGAGGGACUCUGGGGAAAUCUUGAUUCCCCAGUGUCAGUCGUUCUGUCUACAUGCCCGUGUGCUGCUGCCACUCUAACCAUCAUGUCUCACCGUCAGACAAGCCUGCCCAACUCAGAAGCUCCAUUUUGGGCCCUCAGUGAGAUACAAAAUGACUCCAUGGUUCUGGAGCAGUCCUCUGGUUCCUUCCAUCCUGUGGUGACUGACAUUGAGAUGGAAGAUCUUGUGGCUGAAAUGACCUGCGUUUCGGUGGGUGCUCAGAGUUGCUUCAUGUCUGCAGAGUCUGAGACAGUCACCUCAUCAAGCAAACCAGAGGAGGGCUUUGCUGGCCAAGCAGUGGCUAAUAGCUCAGGCCCCUCAAAGACUAUAGUCAAUAUCUCCGCAGUGCUCCCAGAUGAUAUCGAUAGAAAAAUAGCUUUGCUGGUGAAAUUAAUGGUGCUCAAAUAUCAAGUCAAGCAGUCGCUAACAAGAAAAGAGAUAGCUGAGAUUGUCAUCAGAGAACAUGGAGAUCACUUUGAUGAGAUUUUCUUCAGAGCCUGUCUGCGUUUGGAAAUGAUCUUCGGCCUUGAAGUGAAGGAAAUGGAUCCCAGUAUCCACUCUUAUGUCCUGGUCACCAAAUUGGGCCUGACCUUUGAUGGGAUGCUGUGUGGUGAAGAGGGCAUUCCCAAGACCGGCAUCCUGAUUCUUGUGCUGGGUUUGAUCUUCCUGAAGGGCAACUCUGCAACCGAACAAGAAAUCUGGCAAGUUCUGAAUCUGAUUGGAAUACAUACCGAUGAGAGGCACUUUAUCUUUGGAGACACUAAGGAGCUCAUCACCAAAGAUUUUGUGAGGGAAAAAUACCUCAUGUGCCAGAAGGUACCCGACAGCAGUUCUGAGCAGCUUAAAUACCUUUGGGGCCCACGAGCCCAUGCUGAAACUACCAAGAUGAAAGUUCUGGAGUUUAUGGCCAAGAUUCAUGGGUCUGAUCCAAGUGACUUUGGACAUUGGUAUGAAGAUGCUUUACAAGAUGAAGCAGAGAGAGCUGGUUCUUCUACGAGCAGCUACUAA